UGUGUUCCUGUGUUCAUCGUGUUUAGUUUUACUCUUCCACUGAGGUCGUUAUGUUCAUGUGUGUCAGCUGUUCCCCCAUGUGUUCCCACUUCUCUCAUUAGCCUCCUGUGUGUAUUUAGUCUGUGCCUUCUCAUUCAGUCUUUGUCGGAUCGUCUGUGUUAUUCCCAGGCCAUGUCCUGUGUUCAGGUUUUCAUAUAUCCUCCUCAUCAUUGCCAUGUUUAGAGUUUUGUUUGUGUUUCUGUUUGCCAGGGUUUUCAUAGUUUGUGCUUCCUUUCUAUUUUAACCAGUUUAGGUUAUUGCUUAGUUUGAAUUGUUUUUGCCCUUUUAUUUUGUACUUUCCUGUCUGCCUGAAUAAACACCUCAUCAUCAUCAUCUACUCUGCAGAGGAUUUGAUAUCCAACCAAUCAUACACCACGAAGAUGUCCAACCAAUCAUACACCACUGACAUGUCCAACCAAUCAUACAGCCCAAAGAUGUCUGAAGAUGAAAAUAACUAUAAUGGCAGUGACAACCUAGAUUAUGAUGGAUUUUGUCUUUUUCACAACAACCAGAGUGUGGUGGAUGUGAUUGGCCCGUACGUUCACUCCAUCAUCUGCAUCCUGGGCCUUGUGGGGAACAGCCUGGUCAUUGUCACCUACGCCUUCUACAAGAGGACCAAGUCCAUGACUGACAUCUACCUGUUCAACGUGGCCAUCGCCGACCUGCUGUUCGUGCUGGCGCUGCCAUUCAUCGUCUACAAUGAGCUGUGGUCAUGGCCGAUGGGGCAGGUGGCCUGCAAGCUGCUGCGCGGCUCCUACAGCGUGAACCUGUACAGCGGCUUGCUGCUGCUCGCCUGCAUCAGCACCGACCGCUACAUCGCCAUCGUCCAGGCUCGACGCAGCUUCAGACUGCGCUCGCUGUCAUACAGCCGCAUCAUCUGCGCCAUCAUCUGGAUCUUCGCUAUACUCGUGUCCGUCCCCACCUUCUACUUCUACGACUGGUAUGAGCCGUCACACACCAAUAGCAUCAUGUUGAAUGAUGAUAACCAAAGCGAGAUCCAGAUCUUGAGUUCUGAGUAUGUCUGUGAGUUCAAGUUUGAAGACCGAGACACAGCCAUGGCGGUGAAGGUGGCCGUCCCCAGCACCCAGAUCAGUGUGGGUUUCUUCCUGCCACUCUUCAUCAUGAUCUUCUGCUACAGUGCCAUCAUCGACACCCUGCUGAAGGCCAAAAAUCUCCAGCGGCACAGAGCGGUGCGAUUGGUGCUGGUGGUUGUGGCCGUUUUCAUCAUCUGCCACCUGCCCUACAACAUGGUGCUGCUGUACGACACGGUCACCAUGUUUCAGCAGCGCACGUGUGAGGAGGCGGACAUGCUGGAGAUGGCCAAGUCGGCGUUGCAGACCAUUGCUUACAUGCACUGCUGCCUGAACCCGGUGCUGUACGCCUUCGUGGGGGUGAACUUCAGGAAUCACUUCAGGAGGAUCUUCACGGACCUGUGGUGUCUUGGAAAGAAGUACAUUGCCCCCCGCCUCUCCAGAGUCACCUCUGACUUCUACAUGUCCUCCACUCGGCGCUCGAUGGACGUGGCGCUUCUUUCGCCAUGUGAAGACAUUCGUGGGUUGAUCUCUGAAGCUCCAGGUCUCUAACACCAAAACUGACUCACUUCUGUCGCACCGAUGAGAUUCUUAAUCCAGAGCAAAAUAUUUAGAAGAUAAAGAAAUCUAACUCCAUGCUGCACCUCUUGUUCUACCUCAUUAUUUUAAUUGUGAAAUAUUCCAACUUCUGCAUUUUAUUUUUUGGGAUUAUUUUGUGAGUGAUGACCGAAGACGAGUCUCCCGCAGAGCCUCCUGCUAUCUUAACUACACAAAUGAAGCAGAGCUCAAGUCUUUGUGUCAAUGUUUUGUUACCUGAAACAGACGGCUGAACGUGCGGAACCAUGAAAACACGUCUGGUUUAAACUCGUCUGAUCUCUCCUUCAUGGCGGCCUCCCCGUGUACCCUCGACCUCUUUCAGCACUGCUGCUGUUUUAAGGACGCCCUGGCGCUGUGCACAGCUCUGCUUAUAGCUCUGCUGCUAUAGCGUAACACAGGGCGGUGAAUUCACUGUUUAAUGCAUGUUUUAGCCUCUAUCUGACAGUGGAGAUUGGAGUGUGUCUCUUCACUAACUGGACCUCUGGACUCCACAUACUGAAGCCUGUGUCAAUGUUCUGUCACCUGUCCUGCCCUCUGGUAAAUAAUGAGACCACAUCUGUGGCUUGAGUUCAUGUGCACAGUAGCGGUUUUAGAUACGGGCGACACGAGCGGUUGCCCGGGGCGGCAUCGUGAUGGGGGGUGGCAUCACGGGC